GGGUGAUUUGUGUCAUAAAAAGGAAAUCAUUGUAAAACCUGCUCAAUGUGCCAAAUCUGCGUUUGCAAAAAAAGAGGAGGUCAAACCGUUCAGUUUUCCGGAUUUUCCAGUAGAUGUUAAUUCUGCACUUCCUGUACCAUUGUACCCACCACCUGUCAACUGCGAUCCGUCACAGAAUCCGGCAUGUCCGCCACAACUUAUUUUAGUCCUGCCUCCACCCCCAAUGCUUCCUAUGUUUCCACCAGAAUAUUUUCCCCAAGCUCCCCCGCCAGAAUAUCCACAACUGCUUCCCUUGCCACCUACUCCUAUUCCACAACCCCUUCCACCUCCCCCAGUACUUCCACUACCACCUCCUGAAAAUUUUCCCGUUCAGGCUCCUCUUCCGUCUUUCCAACUUCCUCCAGUCCAAACUCAAAUACCAUCUCCUGUUCCGCCCCCAUAUCCACUACCAUCUGUCGGUGAACAACUCCCAAGAUGUACCUCCUGUUCUUCUCAACCUGCUCCUUGUCCCUCUUGUGCGGCGAAAGCCCAAAAUGUUCAGCCACCUCAACAAAUAUCUUCAGUACUUCCUCAACUUUCCUUGCAAUCGUUACCAAGAUGCUCAUCGUGUUCUGGUGCUGCAGCACCUUGUAGCAGUUGCGCAGCGAAAGCCCAAGCCUCGGCACUACCUUCAAAUCCUCUUCAAACUUCAUCUCAGCUUCAGUCAGGAUUACCAAGAUGUUCUUCGUGCGCUGGGAGUCUAACCCCUUGUCGCUCAUGCGCUUCCAAAGCGCAAGCUAACCCAGGGGAUUUUAGUAGUUUAACAGAUUAUUCCUAUUGUCCUGUUGCUUAUCCUGAUGGUAAUUUUAUCCCUGCAGACGCAGUUUCUCAACAACUGGCCUACAAAGCAAGGCAAGAAGAAAAAAUCAAAAUCGAGGGAGAGAUUGCGUACGGGUUUAAAACACUUCCAAUCGAAUUAGACCAGAUUGUGCCCAGCAAAGAACGCUAUCCCGAAGAAGCGUUGUUUCAAUUCAACGGACAGGUGAUGGAAUUCCUCCCGGAAAAACUGGUCCUCUCCAAGGCGUUUGAUCCAUAUAAAGGGUCUGAGGUGUUAGUCGCAGCUAAAGUUCCAACACCUACUAAAAAACUUAGUCUUCCUGAAAUAGGUUUUGGGCCAGUAAUAGUUGAACCUUCUCCAUAUAUCAAAAAGGAUUGA